UAAACACUAAAUGACCACGACGAGAACCGCUGCCUUAACUAUCAGGGAAUUGGAGAACUCGUUCGUACCCAAGUUGCUAAACUGCAAAACCAAAACAGGGUUGAAGUCAAUUCAUGCUCAAAUGGUGAAGCUAUUCUUAUCCCAAAGCAAUUUCUUGGUGACCAAAAUGGUGGAUGUGUGUGACUACAGUGGAAAUGUUGACUAUGCUAGCUUACUAUUCCAUCAAGUGUUAGAGCCAAACUUGUUUCUGUUCAAUGCUAGAGCUUAUACCCAUUAUCAUAUAUAUUGUUCCGCUGUAACUUUGUAUAAGCAAAUGCUGAGACACCCAGAAUCUGAAACCCAGAUUUUUCCAGACAAAUUUACAUUCCCAUUUGUGAUAAAAUGUUGUGCAGGGCUGUAUUGUGAGGGUUUAGGGAGGCAAGUUCAUGGUCAGGUGUGUAAAUUUGGGCCACAGUCGCAUUUGCUGGUUGAGAAUGCACUCAUGGAUUUUUAUACCAAGUGUGAUAAUAUGAGGGAUGCACAUAAGGUGUUUGAGGAAAUGACUAAGAAAGAUGUGAGCUCUUGGAAUAUGCUUCUUACUGGGUAUGUUAGGUUGGGGCAGUUGAAGAAGGCAAGAGCGGUGUUUGAGGAAAUGACUGACAAGACUAUUGUGUCUUGGACAGCGAUGGUUUCAGGGUACACCCGAAUUGGGUGUUAGCCGGCAUGCUCGCAGCUUGGAGCGCUAUAGGUUGGGAAAUGGAUUCAUAGGUUCUCGGAUAAAAAGGGGCUACUACAGUCAGUUCCUGUGUGCAAUGCGCUCGUUGAAAUGUAUGUGAAAUGUGGCUGCAUCGACCAAGCUUGGCAGUUGUUUGAUCACAUGUCAGGGAGGGAUGUAAUUUCUUGGAGUACAGUGAUUGCAGGGCUGGCGAAUAAUGGUAAAGCUAGCGAAGCAGUUGAACUCUUUCAAGGCAUGCAGAGAGCGAAGAUUGAACCUAAUGAGAUUACAUUUCUUGGUCUUCUAUCGGCCUGCAGCCAUGCUGGUCUGUGGAAGGAGGGACUUGACUAUUUUGAUUGUAUGAGAGAACAUUAUACAAUAGAGCCAGGAAUCGAGCAUUAUGGAUGUUUGGUAGAUCUUCUGGGACGUGCCGGACACCUUGACCAGGCUCUCAACAAGAUAAAGCAGAUGCCAAUGAAGACAAGCUCGAAGAUCUGGGGCUCCUUGUUAAGCUCUUGCAGGACUUAUUGCAAUCUUGAGAUCGCUCUUGUCGCAAUGGAGCAACUUCAAGAGCUUGAAUCAGAUGAUGCAGGGAACUAUGUACUACUUUCCAACAUAUAUGCAGACCUGGGGAAAUGGAAGGAUGUGUCCAGGAUUAGAAAACUGAUACGAAGCAAAAACAUGAAGAGGAUCCCCGGUUGCAGUUUGAUUGAAGUUAACAAUGUAGUUCUAGAAUUCGUAUCAGGGGAUGAUACGAAACCAUUCGCAAAAGACAUCUUUUCCAUGCUAGAGCUGCUCAUUUCAGACGAAAGCAUACAAGAUGAUAGCAUUGAAGCUGUGCCAGAGGAUUGCAGUCAACUACUGUGGUAAAAUCAAGUGUAAGCUAUAUAAAGAUGGGGAGCAAGUACACAAGAUGAUCUCAACAACAACAGCAGUAUUUGAAAUUCGCUUCCAAGUUCAACAAGGUUUCACUCAAAAUAGCAGAUACAACUAAG